CGGAGAGCAUCGAGUCAGUUGGUGUAGAGACCUCACCAAGUGCACCCGCUUUGCGUGUCUAAUGUCAGCCCGUCCCGACCUGUCAAUCCGCUCGACGUGUCGUCGGUAUACACGCGUCAUCCGAUAUUUUAUCCAUUUACAUUUCGACACGGGAGAUGUAAAAUGUCGCGGCGAGACGCCGUGAGGCAAAUCCGGCUCGUGAUAUGAUCGGGCUGUUUGGCAAAAGUCUCCCGAUACCACCGCACGCGCCGUGCGACUUUGCUUAUUCGACAAAGGAUAAACAAAACGACAAGAUUCGACAUUUCACGCGCCAGUGCUUCUAAUAAUUCUCUUCAAAUGACAAUUUUCACAAUUGCCGAUCGCUGUUGGUGCUACCAGUUUUGACCAAGUUUCUAGUUCCCUUUCUGGAUUUAUGUCCUUCCCACCUGCAAUGAUGUCGUACGAUUAUCCUCAUCCGGUCUCGAGAACGUAUCAAUACAAGAAGAUAACAAAGCCGCUUUUGGAAAGGAAGAGGCGAGCGCGGAUAAACCGUUGUCUCGACGAACUCAAGGAUCUCAUGGUGGACGCACUAGAGACCGAGGGCGAGAACAUCAGCAAGCUGGAGAAGGCGGAUAUCCUCGAACUGACGGUGCGUCACCUGCAGAAGCUGCAGGCCUCGCGGCCCUCCGGAUUAUCGGCGACGAUCGCCGCGAGCGGCGACGAAAUUUCCGCGGAGAGCCGCUGGCAGUCCGGCUUCGGGCAUUGCGCGGCGGAAGCCUGCAGAUUUCUCUCGUCGCUUCCAGGUGAAGCCGCGGAGAGGCUGGCGAGACACCUCGCAACUGGUCUCCAAACGGGCGGGCAGACAAGUUCACCGCCGAAAGCCAACCUGUUAUCGCCUACCCUGGCCAAUCUGGAUCGGAUCGCCAGCGUCGUGGCACCUUGUCCCGUCGGCACCUCUGGCGAAAUUGACUCGGCGAUACUCUCCACGAGCACGUCGCCGAUAAGAUCCACGCUUCACGCCGACAAAACUGUCGGCGGAGUCGCGUCGACGACGACGACGAUUUCCUCCACGCCUCGAUGCCGAGCCUCGAUGUCGCUCGUUAAUGGGAACGAGAAAUUAACAGCAAAUUGCAGUGCCAAACCGAAGAGUCUGAAGGAUCGGCGAUCGUCAACGACGCCAACGACUACGAUAACGACGACGAGGAAUAAAACGAGUGAUCCGCAUGACAUUAACGCCGAUGACGAUGAAGAAAUCGACGUCGAGCGCGUGGAUGAACGCGACCCGAUGUGGAGACCAUGGUAGCGCGUGAAGAUAUUUUGUAAUAAAAGAUCGGUGAUAUGCAUUCCUUAUACAGACUGUAAUCUGGGAACUUGUUGUUUAUUUUAUCUACGUGUGCUUUGAUAUAUCGGAGAAAAACAACUUUCUUCUUAAUAAAAAUGUGAAAAAGGCACCGAGAGAAUAUUGUACAUUCUGGGCUUACUGACUAAAAGUAAAGAACGUGGGAUGCAAAAUUUAUUUUUCGAUUACUUACAAGUUUAUAUCGUUUGAAAGACUUAAUUAGAAACUGAUGAUAAAUCUCUGGAUAUAUUGUGUACAGUAUUGUAUUAAGGGUAAAAUAUAUUUUUUAACAGACUGUAGUUGAGUUAUCGCGAGAAAUGAAGAAAAUGGAGAGAAGUUAUCAAAAACACGCAUACACACGACAGAGAACAGUUUUUAUUCGAGAUUAAGUUUAAAAGAUUUUUUUAACGAUAAAUCUUCUAACUGUUAAUUUUUUAUUUUUAAGUAUUAUUUUUAAUAAUUUGAGAGGGUAAAACAUGAGAUAUAUAAUGUAUAUAUAAUUUUAUGUAGUUUGCAAAGUCUGUUCAAUAUCUUCGUUAUGUUAAAUGCUGGUUGCAAUACACUGUAUACCAUACCUAAACCAACAGAGAUUGAUAAAGGAAUCAUCAAUAUCCUAAAGUUACGUAAUAUUACGCUAAUUCUGUGUUACUUUGGUACUUGGCUUUAAAUCGGUAGAUAAUAUAGCUUAUCUUUAAAUAAUUCAGAUUAUUACUUACGAUUAGACUUGUGAUAUGUUAAAGAGCGAUUUUUUUAAAUUACUUUAAGUAUCUUAAGAGACAGACUAUUAUCAUUUAUCAUCAAACUAAUAUCAUCAUUUUCACAUGUUUUAUUACUACAACGAAUGAAACAUAUAGAUGCACCUUACUUCGAUUAUAAUCAAUUACUACAUAAUUUAUUAUGCCACG